CAAAUGUUUACAAAGCAUCGUUUUCAAAUUAAAAAUAGUUCAAAACUUAAAUAUUCUGAAAGUAAAUUAUUAUUCCCCGAAUUUAUUUCCAAUUGUUUCAAUAAACAACAACUUGUAAAAUUAAAAGUUCAAUUUACUUAUGGAUCUAAUGCUGUAAUUUAUUUAUUGGAAAAAGAGCCAAUGAUUUUUCAAGAUGGUGCUGAUAAAGGAAAUUUUUUUCCUUCAGUUUAUUUUCUGUGGUCUUUUCCAACAAUAUUUCCAAUUUUAUUUAUUCAACAUUCAACUUUUGGAUUUUUAAAAAAAGGUGCUGAUUUAAUGAUCCCCGGAAUUGAAUUAAUUAAUCAAUUUCCGAAAUUUGAACAAAAUUGUCCUGUUGGAAUUUCUACAAUUUGUAAAAAUAAAGAAGGGAAUGGAUAUACUAUUUGUGGGCCUUUAGCUGUUGGAAAAAUUUUGUUUUCUUCUGAUGAGUUGAAAGAAAAAAUUGAAACGGGACAAAAAGGAAAAGGUGUUGAAAUUUUACACAUUUUUGGUGAUUUUCUUUGGGAAUCUGGUUCAAGACGUUCAUUUCCUCAAUUUAUGUCAGAUUGUGUACAUGCUGCUUUAAAUCCACAAGCUUCUCAAAAUGAUGAAACUGAUAAUUUGUAUAUGUCACUUUGGAAUUUUAUGGGAAAAUCUAUACUUAAAGACGAUGAGCAAUUAAUAAAUUUAAACGCGGAAAAUAUAUCCUCAAAACUAACGAAUGAAGCAGAAGAAUUGCUAAAAAUUGAAGAAACUUCUUUAACUAGUGAAGAAAUGGAUAAUUUGGUUUGUUUAAAUUUUUUAAAAAUAAAUUCUAUUGGUUUUGGGAAUGUUGUCUGUGUGUAUAGGCUGAAUGUGGCUGGAAUUACUGUCCGAAAUUUCAAAAAAAAACUUUUCAAUAUUUUCUUUUCUGCAAUAAAAUAUCAGUUAACACCGGCAAGUAAAUUUCCAUUCGAUGCUGGCCAAUUUUAUGCAAAUUAUAUAAUUAAAAAUAUACCGGUUGGGAAAAAAUUGGAAAUUAAAAAGACGAGUUAUAAAAAAUUUACAACAUUUUUAGAAGAAAUUAACAAUAAUGAAAAUGGAUGGGUAGUUAAAGUUAAAACAAUCAAAAGUAUUAAUUUUAUUGAAAAUAUAAAUUUUGAUCACCCAUAUGUUCAAAAUGCUUUACCUUUUGAUGAGGAUUUCUCAAAUUCUGAUUUAAAACAUUUACCUUCACAAACAUCAAUAAAUAUUUAUGAACAAAUGUUUUCAUUAACAGAGCAAGUUAUGCCUAUUUUUAGAAGUAGAGGGCAUCGAAGGGGUGAUUUGGUUAAUAUUCAAGAAAUUCGUUCAAUUCUUUUAGAAUAUGCAAAAGAAAAGAAUUUAAUUUUAAAUGAUGGAAAGGACAUCACUUUGGACGAUGAUACACUCCAAAUGGUCGUAAAAUAUUUUUUGCCUGAAACAUUUCCAGUAAAAAUACUUAUACAAAAACUAUGUGAAGCUAUGACAAAGGCUGUACUUGUAAAAACAGCGGGAGGAAGAGAAUUAAUUUAUAGAGGAAAAGUGCCUAAUAUUGAAUUUAAGAUAGAAAAACGUAGCGGAAAUAAAAUUGUAACGCUAGUUAAUAACCUCGCUGCCUUUGGUAUUGAAGCAAAAGAUAUUGCAAAAGAAAUUAAAGGAACUGGAACGUCGAUAUUUCCAAAUGUUUUAGGCUGUGAAGGACCUCAAUUGUUAAUUCAAGGAAAUGAGGUUUUUAAUUUUUUUAUUUUUAGAAAGUUUUAA